AUUUGAGGGCCUGAGGCGGAGGGUGGCGGCCCAGCACUGGAGUCCGCGAGUCGGGCUGGUGUGCCGCCAGGCGCGGGGCGUGCGGCGAGCAGAGCCGGCAGGAGCGCGCCGGGCAGCCGCCGCCGCCGCCGUCCCGUGCGCGGGCGGCAGGAUGGAGCUGAACUCUCUGCUGCUGCUGUUGGAGGCGGCCGAGUACCUGGAGCGUAGGGACCGAGAGGCCGAGCACGGCUACGCCUCCGUGCUGCCCUUCGACGGCGACUUCGCUAGGAAGAAAACAAAGACGGCCGGCCUGGUGCGCAAGGCCCCGAACAACAGGUCUUCACACAACGAACUAGAAAAGCACAGACGAGCUAAACUCAGGCUCUACUUGGAGCAGCUCAAGCAGCUGGUACCCCUGGGCCCUGACAGCACACGGCACACUACUCUGAGCCUUCUGAAGCGUGCUAAGAUGCACAUCAAGAAACUGGAGGAGCAGGACCGCAGGGCACUGAGCAUCAAGGAACAGCUUCAGCGGGAACAUCGCUUCCUAAAGAGACGUUUGGAGCAGCUAUCAGUGCAGAGUGUAGAGCGUGUGCGCACAGACAGCACUGGCUCUGCUGUCUCCACAGAUGACUCAGAGCAAGAGGUGGAUAUAGAGGGCAUGGAGUUUGGCCCUGGAGAGCUGGACAGUGCUGGCAGCAGCAGUGAUGCCGAUGACCACUACAGCCUACAGAGCAGUGGCUGCAGCGACAGCAGCUAUGGGCACCCUUGCAGGCGGCCUGGCUGCCCUGGCCUUUCGUAGGCUCCAUGUCCUUUGCUUCUUGGCCCACCUGCCUGCUCACCUAGCCAAGCGUCUCAGCCUUCCAAUCCUCCCUUGACUGAAGCCAGCCUCGUCAUGGGCCUACUGCUGUGCCAUUCUCGAAGCUACAGCUGCUGCCUGGUCUGCCUGCCUCUGCCUGCCCACCCUUCGGUCAGGACUCAAGUUGCCUGCCCCUUCUCCGCCGGGCAAGACCCCAUGCAGGGAAGCAGUGUCAGGCUCUUACAUCCUGGAGCCCAGCGUAGCCACCCACAAUCUGUUCUCAGAUUCCUAAUCAUUCCAGAAGUAUUAAAUAUCAUUUCUACAUCUCGGCAGGAUCCGUGUAGGGGCCUUAAUGACCACCAUAGGGAGCUUGAACCCCAACAUCGGAUCCCAGGAGAGAGGAGUGGACUGAGGAAAGGAAGGAAGGAAGGAAGGAAGGAAGGAAGGAAGGAAGGAAGGAAGGAAGGAAGGAAGGAAGGAAGGAAGGUGCUGCUGUCCGUCUAAUCAUCUAUCCAUCUACUUGUUGAUCCACAUAGUGUGGACAGAGGGAUCUGUGAGGGGUAGGACUUGGAUGAGCAUCUGGUGGGUGGCCUCCUUUUCCAUGGUGUCAGGAGCCAUGGGGAUGCUCCUGGAGUCUGGCUGGACCACCUCAAACCAAGUUGGGUGGCUUCUGCUCUUUUAGGACCAUCAGAUGUAUGCACACAUGCCUAGGCUCACACCCACAAGCACAAAUACACAUGGACGUCAGAGAAUGUAUGUGUUGAGAUAGUUGGCCUGAGGUCACUUGGAAAUGGUGGCCCCCUAACCUGUGCCUGACUCUCACUCAGGCCCCUGCUCACCUGGGCCAGUCCAGACGGCUCUGCCUGGUCUGCACAGGAAAUAGGGCUUUUCUUCCUGGCAGGGGACUGGAAUAAGCUGUGUGGCAAGCUGAAACCACUGGGUCCUCCAAGCUUUCUCAACUUCCUUUCUUAAGAAAAGAAAAAAAGAAAAAAAAAAAGUGCAACAGGGAGCUCCCAGAAGGGGCCUCACGAACCCUGCCCAGGGCAGCCUCAGCUGGCAGAGGCUUUACCCAAAACACAAAACAGAAACAUUUUUAAAAAGAGAGAAAAGCUCUGAAGACUCGCCAAGGGACAUGAGUGUGUGCCGCCUCUAUUUCCUGUAUGAGAUUUUUGUACUCUAUUUUCCUAGCCAUUGUUGUGUCCUUGUUUGCUGAGGGGUGGGAGCGACCCAGCGUCUCAGGGACCCAUCCUCUGCACAUGUCAUAGUGUGCCUUGUGUUCCCUGUCUCACUCCACCCACUGCCACCAGCAUGCCCGUGUGGUUUAUGGGAUGCACCAGGCCUCCUGGUAGGUGCCCCCCUCCCAGUAGCUGCAGCCUCCUGGGAGGGACAUAUGCAUGCCUGUGUGGCUCCUAUGGCUGAUUCCUGUAUCCUGCAGGGCUAUGACCUGGCCUCCAGUGGUGCCUCCAUGGUAACUGGCAGGGUGGCUGUGCCUGAAAGUUCGGUGACAGCAGGCCUGCUAGCAUAGGGCCUGGAGUGUCAGCCAUGGGCAGCUUAUAAAUACACAGUUCUGGAAGUAGUACAGGCCUGUCCAGGAGGCUUCAGUUGGCCUUUCGAUACUAGAAGACCUUGUCUCUAUGGGCACCACACAGCAAUAUUUGGGUAGUGGCCACGGGCUGGCCCACAGCAGCACCUGCCACCUCCUCUGGUGCAUUUGUAAACAAUUUCCAGACUGUGGAGAAAUAAUUCUUUAUCUUCAGUCAUGCCAAUGAGCAUCCUAGGGUGAGAGGCAGAAUGAGUUCCCAGAGACAACUCUGGCAUAGAACCUGCUCUUUGGGCACUCAAAAUGACAGGUGGGCAGCAGGCCUGGGUAGGCGUCCCUGGAAUAGAAAGGUAGUCAAUAUCCUAGUAAGCUGGUUCUGUCAACAUUUUCUGCCCAACUGGGGGCUUCACUGUCUGCCUGAGCACAUCCCCCAGGCAUUUGUCUUGAGCACACCUACCCUUAGCACAGGACUCUGUUUAAAGGACCCACAACUCCAGGGCUCCUAAUGUGCCCUGAAUUCUUAGAUUAUCAACUCCCUGCUCCAUCUCCAGCACCUGAGAUUCUGCUUCCACCCCUGACAGCAGAGCCCACUCCUGGUGACCAGAUUGGUCCCCUUGGCUGAAUUUUGUGGCAGCUCAGCCCUUUGCCUUUUCAGGCCAUGGAUCCCAUGUAGCCUGGGAGUUGGCCUCCUCAGUCACCCAGGGGUGCUAGCCAGCUGCCCCUUCCGCUAGCAGGCAUGUGAGGGGUGGUCUAUAGGCAUGGGGGCUGGUGCUAAGAGUUACAUAUCUAUUACUCCUCCUGCUCUCUACCAUUUGCACAGUAUGGCCAUUACUGGUAGCCACGGAUUCAGCCAAGGCUAUUGUGUGUCUGUGGAAAGAAAGCUGGACCAAAAUAGCUGCUGCUAUGUCCUCCACCUGCACCUGUCCAUGCGAGCCAUGUGGUGCGCCAUAACAGAGUCUGUAACUCCAGGCUCAGGCUUGGGCCUCUUUACUAGGAGGUGGUCCAGAUGUACCAGACCCACCAUCCUGCUGCAGGCCCAGCUGGUCUAGCAGGAGAGGACACAGAGGUUUUUGUCUCUAUACGGGCCCUCGGCCUGUCUCUGUAUUUCUAACCUGCAGGUGCUUGAGCUUGCCUUUCUAGGCAGAUGGAAUUGUGCACCAAACUGUGGCUGGGCAGUCUCUACCUUUCUGUGUGCCCCAAGCCUUCCCUGCCUCUGGUGGGUCAGUUAGCCUCUCACCCCUUGUGCCUGCACAGAGGGUCUUGAUCCCAGGCCAGCAAGCAAGUUUUCAGGCCUCUAAACUAGGGCACUAGGGCAGGUUCCGUGCCAGAGUCGGGGGCUACACAAGGGGCCUGGUGCCAGUGCAGUGGGUGAGUUAUGAGACCUGAGCUGCAGACUGGAAUGGGACCCCAUCCCACCUGUCUAACAGAUGGGGCUGUGCUGUGUCAUUCUGUCAUUGUAAUAUAAAUACAGAUUUUUAUACCUCA